GCUUGGCAAAUACAAACACUUCUGCUCUUCCCUCAAAGUAACUCAAUUCGUCUCAAUUCCUCAGAUCGAUCUUGCACAUAGAAACCUCAAGAUGAGCGACACAAUGAAAGCAGUGGAUAUCAAAAAUGGCAAGGGCCCAAUCGACGCCCUUCACAUUGCAGAUGUACCCAAACCCAAGCUUGGCAAGUCACAAGCACUCGUCAAGGUCAAGGCAUUCGGCCUGAACCGCAUGGACCUCUUGCAGCGCGAAGGCAAAUACCCCGUACCACCUGGCGCCUCUAAAAUCCUCGGUGUCGAGUUCUCCGGCACAAUCGCAGAGCUGAGCGCAGAGGGUGGCGGCAAGGAGGGCUUCAAAGAGGGUGAUGAGGUCUUUGGCCUCGCAUAUGGUGGCGCGUACGCAGAGUACAUUGCCGUGUCAACGCACAUGCUUGUUAGGAAGCCGAAGGAGUUGACGUGGGAGCAGUGCGCUGGCAUUCCUGAGACAUGGAUAACAGCCACCCAAGCCAUGUACCUUGUCGGCAACUACGCAGCCGGCAAGUCCAUACUCUGGCACGCCGCAGCCUCCUCAGUUUCAAUUGCCGGUAUUCAACUCUCCAAAGCCGACGGCGCCUCCGCUGUCUACGCAACCGCCCGUCAGGACGCGAAGUGCAACUUCGCAGUCAAAGAGCUCGGCGCAACAGGCGCAUUCAACACCACGACACAAGACUGGGCCGACGAGGUCCUGAAAGCCACAGAUGGCAAGGGCGUAGACAUCAUCGUCGACUUCAUUGGCGCAAGCUACUUCCAGAACAACCUCAAGGCUGUAGCUAAGGAUGGUGUGAUCGUCAACCUGGGCUUCAUGGGCGGUACCCAGGUUCCUGAAGGCACUGAUAUUAGCGCGUUCAUCAUGAAGAGGUGCACAUUUGUGGGCAGCAGCUUGAGGAGUAGGGACGAGGACUACCAGGGUAAGCUGAGGGAUCAGUUGGUGGAGCAUGCGCUGCCGAAGUUCAAGGAUGGGUCAUUCAAGCUGUUUAUUGAGAAGGUGCUGCCGUGGGAGCAAAUUCAGGAUGCUCACCGGUUGAUGGAGGAGAACAAGACGAAGGGUAAGGUUAUUUGCACGAUCUCGUAGGAUGACGAGAGUUACAAGUACUUGACGACCACUUGAAAACGAUCACACUACCAGCACCACAACGAUGCGCGAUAUCCUCAUAUACUCACCUCAUGGGCACAAAAGAAUCGCCAUCUGGGCAACAAAGAUGUUGUAUUGGCAAAAAUAAUACGACGUUGGCAGGAUUCGAACCUACGCUCCCGAAGGAACAAGAUUUCUAGUCUUGCGCGAUAACCACUCCGCCACAACGCCCGAG